GGAGGCGCUGGCUGUUCUGUGGCGCAUAGCAGCCACCAAUGGCUCCACGGUGCCUCCGUUCGCCUUGCAGGUGAUCCAGACCGUGGGCAAGAGCAAGACAGACAGGAGGGGCUUCCUUGGCAUCUUCUCCAGCUGGAACGUCUUCAGGAACACAGUAAUCCUCAUUGUUGCCAGCGCACGUCGCGGGUGCAGGCAUCGUGAUGGCGACCAUGCUGAUGCAGUUCAGCACCAUUGGCAACCUGGGCAUGGUGAACCUGCAGAGCAUCGAGGUGCACCCCACGUGUCUCCGCCAGAUCGCAACGAGUGUCGAGUGGGCAGUUGCCGGGGUUGCCAUGUCUUCCCUGCCCUACCUGGCUUUGAUGGACGACAAGCGACUUCCCUUCGCCAUCCUCGCAGCCCUGAACUUGGUGGUGGCGUUUUCCGUGUCGUUCCUGCCAGAAUCUGCGCUGCAGCGAUUGCCGGAGACGUUAAGGGACGGUGCCGUCUUUGGCAGAGGACAGCGCUACUGGAGCUGGAAACCCAAACCGACACCAGAGUACGCCAAGGGAUUAAGGAGUUCCAGAAGUUCCUUUUAAUUUAGAAGGAACGAUAAUGCGAUGCUGGCAACCUUCGACUUCUGUUUACUGACGGUGCACAUGACUUGCUCGGCCUGCUAUGAACGAAUAACAGUGCACUUCGAGCCCUAUUUCUAAUCUGUAAACAGUAACACGAAAAUUAAGCCUGACCUGGAUUAGAUUAUAAUUUAUGGCCGUCAUAUUCAGUAAAUGCUACAUGCCAAAAUAAACUGACAUGGAAACCGCACCUACUGCGCUAUCCAAAAAAGA